CAUGUGCACUGACAGUGCUAUGUUAGGUAACUUAACUUCUGUUUGAUGGUACCACCUUAGUAAUUCUGAUAAUAAUAAUGAUAAUAAUAAUAAUAUUAAUAAUAAUAAUAAUAAUAGGUUAUUAUUAUCAAUAUUAAAUGUGUUGCUGAGUUAUAUAUUUAGCCGUAAAAGUAUCAUUCUAGGAUUCAAUGAUUACACUGAUUACAACACUGAUGACAGAAAAUAAUGUCACAUCAUAUUUCCAUACCAUGUCAAACAUUUUUCCUUGACACUUGAAGAUUUCAGAUCUACACGAAUCAACUUCAUGGGUGUAACCUACACCACAUAUAUGAUUCAGAAAAAAAAAACAUGUUAACUGUUGCACUUCCAGUUAGUCCCGCCUUCCUUUUGUGUCCCAUUUACACUAUAAAGAGGGAUGCCCAGCUGAUGUACACUAUGCGCUCACCAGCAAGAUCUUGCAGAGAAUAUUUCUCCUAUCAGAAGUCAGAGAACUUCAUCUACGUCCACUGAGGGCCUACUCUUCUCUCCAGCCAGAAGACUUCAGCAGCUUGUCCACCAGCAUGACUCCUCGGUCUGUACUCCUGUCUGUCCUGGUCUUCUUGUCCUUCUUCGGCACUAUCCUCUCGACUCCAAUGUGCCACGACGCUUGCUGUCAAUUCGUGGAGAGCUUUCCUGUCAGGCUCAAGAAGCUCAGAGAGGACUAUUCACAGAUCAGAGACUUCUACGAAGCAAACAACGACUUGGACACAGCGCUGCUGGACCAGACCGUGGAGGACUCUUUCAAGAGCCCAUUUGCGUGCCAAGCAAUGAACAGUAUCUUAGAGUUUUACCUGCAAACUGUUCUGCCGACGGCCAUUGCCGGGGUGACUGAAGACAUCAUGGACCUCAGACCACACGUGGAGUCCAUACACCAGAUUUUCGACCAGCUCAAAAGUGAUGUCACCAGAUGUAGACACUACUUCUCCUGCAAGAAGCAGUUUGACAUCCACAACCUAAACUCUACUUACACACAGAUGGAGAGCAAAGGUCUAUAUAAAGCCAUGGGAGAGCUGGAUCUGUUGUUUAACUACAUUGAGAUGUAUCUGGCCUCUAAACGGCGCAGACAUUGAGGGGCCUCGAUUUGAAGACCUGCUGACCUCUAACCAAAAUACCAUCUCAUUCAACUCAAGGAGGGGAAAAAAAGCCUGCUACAUUGUUUUGCAUUUAAUGCGUUAUCUUCAGUGGUACUGCUGUUGUCAGAUGUUGAUUUUCUUGCCUACUAAUUGUUGCCAUUGUUGCGCUCCUAAGGAGUUUCCGUUUUAAGACCAUAUUGAGUCCAACACAAGUAUCAAAACUCAAGAAGCUGUGAUAUUUAUUUUUUUAUUAUUUUUAACAUAUGUAUUUUAUGUAUUUAUUAUGAAUUGUGCCAUUUUUUAAAAAAGAUUAAUAAAUGACUAGUUUUUAAAAACAA